GGAGAGAAAGGGCUCCUUCUGGAUCUACUUCAUGGGGGACUCUAAAAUCAGGGGAAUCUUCAUGGAAAUGCUGAAGCGCACUGACCAGGAGUUCGAUUAUCGGAUUGAAGCUAAGCCCAGGUACCCGAACCAGACGUGGAGUUUCGCGAAAAUAGCCAAGUAGGGAUUCUCCAUCAGGAUAUGCGAGUCACUUCUGCCACUGCGGACGGCCUCGUGAUCUCCAUGAGUUUCCGGGUGUUCGUGGCGAUGGACAGGCCUUCCAGUCUUCCUGACGAAGCGGAAGUGACGCAACUCCGACGCUGGGCUGACGGAGCUGACCCACUGCCUGACAUUCUGAUCCUGGGCUAUACCUCGUGGAUGUUGCAAAAACACAUGAAGGACGCGAAUAUCAUUGAACUUCUGGACGGCUUAUUUGGGAUGCACGAGGCAGUGGUGCCUCAUAUUGUGAAGAUUUCACGGUCCACAAGAGUGUUGGUGCUGCCCCAGAGUCGCCCCAAGCCGCACGCCGCCAAGAUCAACGUGGGUCACUCAAUCAUCAACGUUCCUAACUUUGACUGGAGCGAGAAAACCUUUCUUCAAAAAGUGCGAAAACACAGUCGAAGUCAAGGUGUUCCUCGCAGCGAAGAGCGACAGGACAAAGAGCUACACGGGGUUUGGGACGACCACAGACCAGGGCAUCAUUCCGGGUCGUUCCGGGACCAUCUGAUCCCUGGGACGACCGUUUCGGGGCCGUGGUGGUGGGACUCGAGCCUCCCGAUCAACCUGGCGGAGAUCGAAGAGUGCAACGAGCUUCACCGCCGAGGCCUGGCUGGCGACGUGGCCUAUACGGGUCCUUGGCUGCAGUGCAGAGACAUCCACCACGCUGGAGAAGGGACGGCCACAGACCUCGUUACGAUGCUCUUCAACCUGAUGUGUAAUUCAGUCUUAAAACUGAAUGAGGACCUAUGCUGUUCAUGAAAGCUUGUGUCCUUUUAUUGGUUAGAAGAAAUUCGCGAGAGCAAAAUCAACUGGUGUAUAUUCAUGCAACACAGAUGCAGCCAAAAGUGUAUUUUGAAAAUCUGUUUUCAUUGUUUUUUUUUUUUUCUUUUUUUUUUUUUUGCUAUCCAGUGCUACACACUGUAUAUCCUAAAUAUGGAAUUUAAAGAUUCUUUUCUUCAGAAGCUUAAUAUAUACUGUGCAUUAUGUACAGUACCCCUUGUGGCGAUUUUGUAGCAAUUGCUAUGUUUUGCCAAUAAAGAAUUUUUUUUUCUAUUUUUCUGUCAUCUAGGUGAUUAAAAAA